AUGCCCACACCCGAGUCUCGUUCGCAGAAGCUCAUCAGCAUCUCGACGGCGACGUCUAUUUCUCCCUUUAAACGUCGUAAGCGAAGCUUCUCCCGACUUGGUGGGGGACCUUUCGGCCGUACUCCUAGUGCAUAUCCUGCUUGUACGCCCCACAACUCCAAAAGCCAUCCCCUUUGGCCAUCCAUAUCCCACGCUGAUCGCCAUGAAUGCGAUGGUGCCAGCAAUCCUUGUAGCUUGGCUUCUAAUUUCGGCGCUUCCUCAUUCCCUUUCAUUGGAUUCCAUACUUUCAUACGGACCAAAGAAUCUUCAAUCAUUUCAUUCUACCAAGGCGCCAAGCUCGCUCCACCGCUAUUAGGCGCCUGUGUCGAGAGUGUGGAAAUCAGACCAGGUCAGCAGCAGCCAUGGUUCACAAUCCAGGUCCAUCCUUCGCCGGUCCAGGUCCCAGGAAGAAGUGAUGCAAUGCCUAUCCCGAGGAAAUCUUAUUCCAUUUAUAGACAACAUGAAGACCUAGUUGACUUUGCAAUGCAACUGGAGAGGGAGCUGAAAGGGCCAUGGCUAAAGCCUAUCGGCGGCUCUCCCAGCGUCGCACAUCGGAUGGCACUUGAGCUUUCAGCGAACCUCUAUAAGGGCAAUAUUACAUCCCUUAUUGCCUCAUCUUCAACAGUGCAAGCAUCGUCUUAUACGGCGACUGGCCUUCAGGUGACUAGUAUUGCUGGGUCAGCCCUCCGAGAUGUUCUUGACAAACAUCUUCAAGAGCUCUUUGCGCUCGGAGAAGCCGUUAGCCAAUGUCGUCUUUUCUCAGAAUUCUUUGGAAUCUGGAAAACAGAUCUUGAUAAACAUCUCCAGCUAGACCAUCGUGAUCCUCUGGCGCUAAACUCUUUAGAUUCACGCCCUAGUAAAACAGUUAAGAAAGCGGUAGAGUUGGAAGGCAGAUGCAUCAACCAAGUUAUGGCAUUAGGGAAUGAAAGGCAUAUUUUCAAAAGAGACAGUUAUGAGAGUUCCCUAUCUCAAGCCUCGCAAGGUCUUUCGAGCCCGCUUGUGCUUCCAGCUGAAACCAGUAUCCCUAUCUCAUCCUCCCCUGCUCCCCUCUCACCAUACGCACUGGUACCGACGCCAUUCCCUAUCUGUAUGCGUUGGGAUCCCAAUGAUCCAUCAAGUAUUGUGCCGAACUCAUCACCACAACUCCCGCCUUUAGUUACAUUGGCACCCUCAAGAGGUUUCGAAUUAUCUCCCCCUUCGCCACCAGGGUCAUCAUAUCAUAGUGAUGAUUCAGACUUCAUUGAUAACCACGACGAUAACGGUUAUAGUGAUGUCGGGUACAAUUAUAAUUACGACUAUGAUGAUGAUGGUGAUGAUAAAGAUGGUGAGAAGAAGGAGGACGAGGACGAAAUGUCAUCGGAAUCGAGGCUGAUACCUAGGGCGAAGCAGGAAGUUGUUUAUAAUAAUAAUGACGAUGAUAAUGAUAAUGACAAUGAUAAUGAUAAUGACAAUGAUAAUGAUAAUGACAAUGAUAAUGAUAAUGACAACGGCAAUGAUGAUAACGAUUAUGAAAAUGAUUAUAGUGGCAAACACAAUAAGGCUCAUGGCAGCUUAUACAGCAAAUAUGACACUUUAUCGCUGUCUUCACUAUCACUCCUAUCCAUGCAUAUAAUACCAGCAUUGGCAUUGACAACAUCGACACACAAACAUUCUUUACCCCUAUUUAAUGCCCCACUAGUUAUCGAUGAACUCUCUCUAAGCCCUAGAGCCGACAUACUACAAAAACCGCUACAGCCACCUAUCCAUUUGCACUCGCUAAUUCCAUCGUCUGCAUGCACCACACUUCUAGUCACUACAUCAUCAACCAGGACUCCAUCAUCUCCCGCACCAGACCUAAGGUCGUCGCCGUCUGUAAAGAAAUCGGAGUGGCAGGCAACGCCCUCGUUACUAACAAAUUCCGUGCAGGCACUUGAGACUACACUAUUCUCAGAAAGCAAUCCCACUCUUCACUACUCUCAUCCUUUUGACCACAUGCACGAUUGUCUUCAUAGCUCCACACGCUAUCGCCAGCAUCGAGCUUCGUUAUCAGGAUACUCAUGGAAAGCAGGCAAGGGUACUACAGAACGGGACAGGGCCUCAAAAACAUACUCGGUUUAUUAUGGGAUGUCAGCCAAUGGGUAUGAAAUUGACAACCAUCCGAGCGCAGCCUUUACAAUCAAAUUCAAAAUUAUUUUGGAUAUAGAACGGAUUGUCGUAUUGCAGGUGGUCGAGAACAGAAAGGAUUUCGUGUUGAGUGUCCCCGAGUUGAGAAGAAGAGUGCGCAACAAAUUUGAAAAGAUGGAUAUGCCACUUCCAGAGGAAUUUGAGUUGGCUUGGGUUUCCUCUGCUACUACUACUACGGCCAUGGUCUCUACUUCCAAGGCAUCAUUCGUACUCAAGAACGAUGAGAAGUUACAGACAGUGAUCUCUGCAAGUGGAAGGAAUAAGGUCACUUUGAGAUGUAUAAUACCCAAAUAG